AUGCCCACCCUGACCUCACACCUCACCUCACACCCGCAGACCGCAGAGGCCUACACCCGCGCCACGCAGUCCGCCUUCCUCAGCCUGGCGGGCCAGGGCCGCCUGCCGCGCCCCGUGCUCUCGCAGUGGCUGUCCCAGGACCGCCUGUACGCGCAGGCGUACGUGCGCUUCAUCGGGGGCCUGCUCGCGCGCCUGCGGCUGCCGGUCGCCAAAGCCGCCGACGCGGUCGAGUGGCGGGUGCUGCGGGUGCUGAAGGACGCCCUCGACGGCAUCGUGCGCGAGCUGGCCUUCUUCGAGGACACGGCCGCGCGGUACGGGCUGGACCUGGCGGCGGGCCCGGGGGAGGCAAGCGAGAACAGCAGCGGCGGCUUCGGGCCCAACCGCGUCACGGCGGCGUAUGUGGACCUGUUCGACUCGUUCGGAGCCCCGCACGGCGGCGCGCAGGCGGCCUCGGUGGCUAGCGGUGAGAGGACGCUGCUGGAGGGCCUGGUGCUGCUCUGGGCUACGGAGAAGGUCUACCUGGAUGCGUGGACGUACGCGCGGGAGCAGGGCGCCGGCAGGGAGGGCGGCAAGACGGGGGAGGACCUGGAUGGAGGGGCGCUGCGGAGGGAGUUCAUCCCGAAUUGGACGUCAGAGGAGUUCAAGGGGUUUGUCGACGAGAUCCAGGGCUGCCUGGACGAGUAUGCUGCAGCACAAGGCGGCGAGGGCGUUCAAGAUAGGGCGCUGGAGCUGUGGAAACACGUGCUGCAGCUCGAGGAGGGCUUCUGGCCCCAUGUGAAUCUUCAAGACGUCGCUUCAACAAUGUGA